GCUCCCCCGCUGCCCCUGUCCUAGGGGCGGCACCGGCAGCGGAGGCGGGGGCCGUGGCCCCUUCCGGCAAUAGCACUCGCAGCUCCAGGGGCGGUGAGAUCAAACGGCAGUUGGUGUACGUGUUCACCACAUGGCGCUCGGGCUCGUCCUUCUUCGGGGAGCUCUUUAACCAGAAUCCCGAGGUAUUCUUCCUAUACGAGCCAGUGUGGCACGUGUGGCAAAAACUGUACCCAGGGGACGCCGUGUCUCUGCAAGGGGCAGCGCGGGACAUGCUGAGCGCUCUCUAUCGCUGUGACCUCUCAGUCUUCCAGCUGUACAGCCCCGCUGGCAGCGGGGGGCGCAACCUCACCACACUGGGCAUUUUUGGCGCUGCCACCAAUAAGGUCGUGUGCUCUUCGCCGCUCUGCCCUGCCUAUCGCAAAGAGGUCGUGGGGCUGGUGGACGAUCGUGUGUGCAAGAAGUGUCCACCCCAACGCUUGGCACUCUUCGAAGAAGAGUGCCGCAAGUACCACACGCUGGUCAUCAAGGGCGUGCGUGUCUUCGAUGUGGCCGUGUUGGCGCCGCUACUUCGAGACCCGGCCUUGGACCUCAAGGUCAUCCACUUGGUGCGUGAUCCUCGUGCUGUGGCCAGCUCACGCAUCCGCUCGCGCCACGGUCUCAUCCGUGAGAGCCUGCAGGUGGUACGCAGCCGGGACCCGAGAGCCCAUCGCAUGCCAUUCCUGGAGGCUGCUGGCCACAAGCUGGGUGCCAAGAAGGAGGGUGUGGGUGGCCCAGCAGACUACCAUGCACUUGGCGCUAUGGAGGUCAUCUGCAACAGCAUGGCCAAGACACUGCAGACAGCCCUGCAGCCCCCUGACUGGCUACAAGGCCACUACCUAGUGGUGCGGUACGAGGACCUGGUGGGAGACCCCGUCAAGACCCUACGGAGGGUGUACGACUUUGUGGGACUGCUGGUGAGCCCUGAAAUGGAGCAAUUUGCCUUGAACAUGACCAGUGGUUCGGGCUCCUCCUCCAAGCCUUUUGUGGUGUCUGCCCGUAACGCCACUCAGGCAGCCAAUGCAUGGCGGACUGCCCUCACCUUUCAGCAGAUAAAACAAGUGGAGGAAUUUUGCUAUCAGCCCAUGGCUGUGCUGGGCUAUCAGAGGGUGAAUAGCCCCGAGGAAGUCAAAGACCUCAGCAAAACCCUGCUCCAAAAGCCCCGGCUCUGAGGGUUUCUUGGGAGGCCUGACUGGAGGUGGGAGACACCCACAGGAAGACUGUUGAGGUGGGAGACAACCCACCCACAGGGGACUGUGGUGUGUUUAAACAGAAACAGUCCAGACCCAAGCCGAGGAAGCCCACAUAUUCUACUAUAGAUGUAUAAUAUAAAUAACCACACAGACACUUGCUGUCAGUGUUCCCAGUCUUGCAUUUCAAGAACAGUCACAAUACACACACAUCUCAGAAAAGGCGAGACUUGAAAGUUCUGACCAGCUGCCUUCCUGUCCUCUCCCUGCCUUUUCUCCCUUUCCCUUUCCCCCAGGUCUUACCCUCUCUCCUACCUGCCCUGCAUUUUGAAGUGGGAUACUGAUUAAAUCAAGAUCCAGUAACCCAAAUCUUGUUUACAAAGUUUUUGUGGUAUCUGUGAACAUGUAGUAGCAUAAUUUGGAUGUGGGGUGAGGGAAUAAAAAAAGGGGAAGUGGCCCAGGAGCCGAAAGCCCCAUUGGGAAUAAUAAACCAAGGAGGCAUUCAUUUAAAGUAGACUUCUCUGUAAAAGCAAAGGUUAUAUGUGAGUAUUAAUAAAGAAGAUAAUAAAUAAUACUAAUUUUUAUACUUG